AUGAGUCAAGUAGGUGUUGAUGAUGUCAAUCCAGAGGAUUCUGCAAGUCAGGUUGGGAAGAGUUCCACCACGUCAUCUGGACUUAGGACCAGGGCCAAGAGGGCUGCAAUAGCAGCAGAAUUAGCAGUUCUUCAGGAAGAACAAGAGAUAGAACUCGAAGAAAUACGCCUUAAGCAAAGGAAGGCUAAGUUACUCUUACGUGCCAAGCUCAGCGCAGCAGAGGCAGAAGAAGACGUGUAUGAGCAACACAGGAGUGGCAGUAAGGUGUCGAGUAUAGGGAAUAGGAGUUCCAGUCAGCAGAAUGUCAAGCAGGUGCAUGAAAGUGCAGAGCAUGCUACGGAAUAUCAUCAUCAUGUCAGCAAUCAUGAUGUCAAGGAACCUGCGCUCCUACAAGAGACUAUUCCUUUUCCAGCUCAGCAAAUGGCUUCAUCUCCCAUUUCAGGUCAAGCUUAUCAACCACGAGACGACCGAGAAUUUUAUCUGCAGACCCAAGUUCAGCAACAACGAUGGUUGGAAGCUAUCAGUCUGGCUAAUGUAGAGAUGAUGAAGUUUGAUGGGAGUCCUUUGCACUUCCAUGAAUUUAUGAUGUCGUUCGACAACCUAAUUGGUCGAUCUUCACUCGAUAGUGGGACAAAACUUAUGAAGUUAUAUCAUUGCUGUGAAGGAGAAGUUAAGGGCAUCAUACAGUGCUGUAUGGUCAUGGAACCACUGUAUGGGUACCAACGAGCCAGAGAGCUGUUGGUGGAACGCUUUGGCAGCAAGUACAAGAUAGGAGAAGCCUGGAUCAAACGUAUAACCACUGGUCCAAUCUGCCAUGCGAAUGACCGGAAGGGGCUGCAGAAGUUUGCAGAUGAGUUGAAGAUCAGCAUGGAAACUCUUCGAGCAAUGGAUCUACUGCAGGAAAUUAGUAGCCAGAGAGAGUUGCUGAAGGUGGCUGAGAGACUUCCAUAUUACCUUAAAGGUAGAUGGUUAAAGUUGGUGAGAGACAUCAGACAGCAGGAGCGUUCUCCCGAUAUCUCGGACAUGGCAAGGUUUGUCUCCAACGCUGCUGAGGAAGCCAAUGAUCCUGUCUUUGGAGAUCUGACAGCAACAACAAAAAGAGUUGAAACUUCAAACCCAGCUUUCAACAAGAAGAGUACAAGAAGUAACUACAUGUACGCUACAGAGGUAACAGAAGUAGCAGUCAACCUGAAGUGCCUGAAGUGUAGGCAAGAACAUUCCUUGUUUGGGUGCGACAGUUUUAAAUCCAUGGCACCCGAGAUGAGAUUUCAGUUUGCUCAGGACAACAGACUAUGUUUCAACUGCCUGCAAUCUGGCCACACCAGUAGGUUUUGCAGAUUGAAUAGAAGAUGCUCAGUACAAGGAUGCCAGAGAAAACACACAAAAUUUCUCCAUUUUGCACAGGAUGCAUCUUCAUCUGCAGGAAGGAUGACAACGACACAGGCUCCAGUUGAAACCCAGAACAACGAAGUCCAUCAAGUCCAGAAUGGGUUCGUUAAGAAGUGUGUCACAGGGGCCGGAAGGUGUGUGCUUCCCAUUGUUCCAGUGAGGGUUAGAGCUCAAGGAGAGAAUGUAUUUGUGAAUACAUAUGCACUGUUGGAUUCUGGUUCAACCAGUACAUUUUGUGCAGCCACUUUGGCCAGAGAACUCAAUGCUACUGGAAGGAAGCAAAGUUUAAGCCUGACAACACUGGAGAAGCGUAAUAGCCCCAUAGAGACCUCAGUGAUUAGUCUGAUUGCAGACACGGGACCAGAUACAGACUGUGUGAAGCUACCCUGUGUGUAUACCAGAGACGCCAUUAAUAUCAGAGACACACACAUUGCCAAUGUGGAUGACAUUUCAGGAUAUCAUCACUUAGAAGGAAUCAACCUCCCGAUCAUUGAACGACAUGAAGUUGGACUGUUGAUAGGGCAGGAUUCACCUGAAGCCUUGAUACCUAUCGAGGUGAGACGAGGACAGCAUGGCCCUUAUGCUGUUAGGACCAAAUUGGGUUGGUCAGUGAGUGGACCUGUAGGUUCCAGUUCAGAUGGUGUACCCAAAGCUACAUCUAGCUUCAUUGACAGUAAUGAUAGACUGGAGGAACAAGUCAGCCAAUUCUGGAAGAUUGAAGCUACAGAUGUGCUUAAGAAAGACAAGGCAAUGUCAGUCAAUGACAAGAAGGUAAUGGAAAUAUGGGAGAGGGACAUCCAGCGGGAAGGUGCACAUUUCCAACUACCGGUGCCCUUCAGAAGGAGACCACCUAACUUGCCUGAUAACAAGUGGAGUGCAGAACAGCGUUUGAAAUCGUUGGCAAGGAGAUUGCAAAGAGAUCAAGCAAUGUAUGUGAAAUACAAACAGGGCAUAGAGGAUCUCCUCAGGAAAGGCUAUGCAGAGGAAGUUAGUGAGGAGACUAGGCAACCCAAGGACACCCCUGUUUGGUAUUUGCCCCACCAUCCAGUCUUGAAUCCCCAAAAACCAGACAAGAUGCGAAUCGUGUUCGAUUGUGCGGCCAAGCACCAAGGGGUAUCUUUGAAUGAUGCAGUGUUACAGGGGCCGGACCUUAUCAGCAAUUUGAUGGGAGUUUUGCUUAGAUUCCGCCAGCAACCAGUAGCACUCAUGUCAGAUAUAGAGGCAAUGUUCCACCAAGUGAGGGUACCUCCAGAAGAUCGAGACGUGUUGAGAUUCUUGUGGUGGAAGGACGGAGACUUCAACAAGGAACCGCUGGUCUACCGGAUGUGCGUCCACCUCUUCGGAGGUACGUGGAGCCCAAGUGUGUGCAGCCAUGCACUUCGUCAGACAGCAAGAAACGGUGAUGGUAAUGGUAAAGUGGAAGCAUCUAAGGCCAUUCUCGAGAACUUCUAUGUGGACGACUGCCUGGUGUCAGUUGAGAAUGAAGAAACAGCGGUGAAACUUGCUGCGGACUUGAUGGUCUUGCUCAGUGAAGGAGGCUUCAGAUUAACCAAAUGGGUCAGUAACAACCCAUUUGUCCUGCAAUCCAUACCAGAAGAAGAGAGAGCUAACGAUGUGAGGGGUCUGGAUCUCAAUCAUGAUGCUCUUCCAGUCGAGAGAGCACUUGGAAUCAGCUGGGAUGUAGAAACUGAUUGUUUGCUGUACAAAUUUAGACCCAAGGACAAACCCCAAACCAGGAGGGGUAUCUUGAGUGUUGUAUCUUCCAUCUACGACCCUCUCGGUUACGCCAGUCCUUUCAUCCUAAAGGCUAAGAUGAUCUUGCAGGAACUAACCAGACUUAAACUUGCAUGGGAUGAGGAGAUUCCAAGCAAGGAAAUAGAGAGAUGGAAUGAAUGGUUACAGGAACUACCCAAGAUGACUGAAUUCCAGGUCAACAGAUGCAUCAAACCACACGACUUUGGCAAGGUAGCAGAGUAUAAGCUACAUCACUUUGCAGAUGCUUCAGAGAAAGCCUAUGGAGUCGUUUCCUACCUGCGGAUGAAGGAUGUUGAGGGUCAGGUGCACUGCAGCAUACUAUUUGCAAGGUCACGUCUUGCACCCCUGAAGAGGAUGACAAUCCCACGGCUUGAACUGAUGGUGGCUACACUCUCUGUCACUAUAGACAGUAUGAUACAACGGGAACUGGAUCUGCCGCUCCAAGAGUCAGUGUUUUGGACUGACAGUUCAAUAGUACUUCAUUAUGUGAAGAAUGAGGAUAAACGUUUCCAUACGUUUGUAGCAAACAGAAUUACAACCAUUCAUGAGGGAUCUGAACCAAGGCAGUGGCGACAUGUUAACACUGAUGUCAAUCCAGCCGAUGAUGCCUCGCGUGGACUGACAGCUGAGGAAUUGACUGGACGAUGGAAAGAAGGGCCAAAAUUUUUGUGGUCAGAAGAAUGCGAUUGGCCUAAAAGCUUGACAGUGAAUGAGUCUAGCUUAGAGCAUGACCCAGAGGUAAAGCAAGACAAGACUGGAGUGUUUGCUGCAGCCGAAUCUGAAGUCAAGGCGACAGAUAGACUCCUUGAAAGUUACUCGUCCUGGUUUCGGCUGAAGAAAGGUAUUGCAUGGAUCCUGAAGGUCAAGGAGUGCUUGAGAAGAAAGGCACGCAAAGAUAUGAAUUUACUGGACAUGAAGCAGCCAGUAACAGUUGAUGAGAUGACUGUAGCUGAAGAAGCAAUUGUCAGAUACGUUCAGCAACAGACCUAUGCUGAGGAGUACAGAGUCUUACAGCAAAAUAAGACUACACAACGGUCACCCACUCGAAUAGCAAAAUCCAGCCCACUAUCUAAAUUGAGCGUGAAACUCACAGACGAAGGAUUGAUAUGUGUUGGAGGAAGACUACACAAUGCACCACUAGAAGAGCAGACAAAACACCCAGUGAUUUUGCCUUCCAAGCAUCAUGUAGUACAGCUUUUGAUUUAUUUCACGCAGAGGACAACCAGAGAUUAUCAGAUCCGACAAUGGUACAAAUUUCAUAGGUGCUGA